AUGAUCUCCAAAACAAGCUUUCUCCUCAACCACUUCCUCCUCCUCCUUGCAGCGAGCACUCUGCACCACCACCCCGUCGCGGCCGUCGACCAAGUGGUCAACGCGCAGCUGGUCGAGGCGACAGCGCAGGCGCCGACGCGGCUGGAGCGGCUCAAGCUGUACCCAGCCGACAACGACACCGUCUUCGACUUCUACGCGCAGCCGGGCUACGGCUGGGUGCCGGGCUCGGUCGUCAACGCCAACACGGCGACGUUUCCCUACGCGACGGGCAACGGCAUAACGCUGGCGCUGCUGAGCCUGGGCCCCUGCUCGAUGCUGCCGCCGCACUACCACCCGCGCGCGGCGAAUUUCGUGGUGGCUGUCAACGGCACGACCGACACGUACAUGAUUGAGGAGAACGGCGCGCGCACGGUCAAGGUCACGCUGGACGCUGGGAAGGCGACCAUCUUCCCUGCCGCGAGCAUCCACUUGAUGGAGAACAGAGGCUGCGAAAACACCCAGCUGGUUUCCGCCCUCAACUCGGAGGAUACAGGCACGCUGAACAUCGCCAACGUGCUGUUCCAACUCCUGCCGCACGACAUUGUCAUGCCCGCCGUCGGCUACGGGCCGGCUGAUCUCAACGGUACGGCGGGAAGGGUGCCGCCGGUCGGCUUUGGCAGCAUCUAUGGCAGGAGGGAGUGCUUGGAUAGGUGUCGUAAGGCGGGGUAUAAGGUUUGA